UUACGGUGACGUUCAACGUUCAAUUUUUAGGUUAUAUUGUUGUUUUUAUUUGGCGAUUAUAUAAUUUUUGUCCCAAAUAAUGUCAACAAGCUACAAAAAAAUAUUCGUUACCGUUGGCACAACACGAUUCGAUACUUUAUGUAAAACCAUCAAUAAAGAAUCCACACUCGAAGCAUUAAAACGGCUGGGUUGCAAAGAAAUAACCAUGCAGAUCGGUUCUAGCGAUUUAAAAACAGGCGCAUUCGUAAAAUGCGGGAUAAAUCUGCAUUUAUACAAAUACAAAGAUUCCUUAGACGAGGAUAUAAUGAACGCCGACCUGGUUAUAAGUCACGCCGGGGCAGGAACUUGCUUAGAAGUUUUAGAAGCCAGUAAGCCACUUUUAGUCGUCGUCAACGAGGAUUUGAUGGAUAAUCAUCAACUGGAGCUAGCGGAGCAGCUUCAGGUCGACGGACACUUGUACUAUUGCACGUGUGACACGUUGAAAAGCACUUUGCAAGAAGUGGAUUUUAGUUUACUCAGGCCAUUUCCUAAUCCUGAUGCUUCAUUGUUUGUUAAGUUUCUAGAUGACGUGUUCAAGGUUACACUACCUUCAAGCCAGAAAUAGUACAUGAAACUUAUUACGUAAGUUGGUAAAAUCAUUUUAAGGAGAAUUUAAAAGCAUUGCAUUUCAAGAUCUUAAAAAAAUACAUAAUUAUUUUGAAGUGUAUACAAUCACAUUCCUGAUUUAACAGUUAGUAUUACUUGAAUUUUCGUAAAUAUUUUUUAUUUAUUUAUGUUAUUACUUUUACUACGUGUUAAUAAAACAAUACAUUUUAACUUAUGUUUUUUUAAUCAAAAAAUACAGAUCACUUGCAAAACACAUCAAAUUACAGUAGUAUAUAUUACUUGUUUCUAUAACGAAAAUUUUAAUUAAUAAUCUUACAUUUGGAAAUCAUUUGUUUAGUGUUUGUAUACUAGAAAUUUAAUAAAUUAGAUUGAAAAAGGAAGUUUUAUAUAAAUCUACAUAUUUCAUAUUUUGAAAAUAACAGUGUGAUGUGAACUUAGAUGAUAUAAACAAACGGAGUAGCCAGUUUGGUUAUAUCCUCUAAGGAUGUGAUUAAAAUAAUGGUUUUCACACUGAUGUCUUAUCUGGAUGUAGUACUAGUGUAAUAACCACCUAUGUCAUAAAUUACAUGUACAAAAUGUGAAAAAAUUACAUUUAUUUUAAUGCUGA